UCGGCCGGCACUGGCCGCCAGAUCGUUAGUUAACGCGGCCAGCCAGUUGUGCGCCUCUUGCUAGACACCUCCAGAGGGUGCCGUGAAACAAUCGACCAAACAUUUGCGCCACCGCCAAGUGGAUGAGCAAUAGCAGCGGGCCGUUGCGUCACACACAGUCACACGGUGCGUGCCGAGAACCCGGAGGGCCAUCUUGUGUCGCCAGGACCCCCGCCAGGAGUGCUCGCCGAUAGCCCACAGAAAAUGACCCUCCGGCGGGUGCCGUGGUCCGGCUGGAUCGGUUGGCUGUUGGCGGUCUCGAUAGUGACCUGGCACCGACCGCAGGCAACAGCAGUAGCGUACAAUGUGGCGGAACACCGACUGGACUACAUUAAGUUGGGUGAAGGUCGUGAAUAUAACUAUCAUUACAACGAUGGUGUGGCUUCCGGAUUCGAUAAGCGUAAGUUCUACAAGCGUCCACAACUGUUCAGCAAGCCGCCGUACACGCUGAAGAGCUUCCCGGGGCCCGUCGAGCAGAUUGUGACGAACGAGUUCCAGGCGCACCCGGAGCAGACCUACGUCAAGCAGGAAAGCUUGCUGCCGGUGUACGAGUCCCACGAGAAGAGCGUCCGCUACAUACCGCUCGACUUUGGUCCCUCGAGGAACCAGAUCCUCGGCGAGUUCUCGCUGCCGGUCGGACACCCGACCAACCCGCCCCUAAACCUGGCGCAGCGCGUCAUCCAGAUGAUUCAGUUGCACCACCCGUCACCCAGCACGAAGAAUGCAACGUCUGGCGGUCUCGGCAGUGUCUCGUCGGUGCACUUCCAAGUGCCCGGCCAACCCCCGUCGUCGUCGUCGUACCACAGCACGCAGCAUCCGGGCAGCUACCAGUACUUCAACGCCCAUCCGGUACCGUCCGGGGGUCCAGCGUAUGAGCUCGUGCGGCCCAUCAGUAGCUUUCCUCCGCCGCGCCCGUACCUCGCGCCAGCCCUGACCACCACGAGGGCACCGUACCUGGCGCCGAUACUGCAAAAGAGCACGACAACAACUCCGGCUCCACCAACCGGGGAGUCAAAGCCGGCCCGGAGGCCGCCAACCCCGGGUCCGACCAGACCGUACGUGGCACCGGGGGUCACGGCCGAUCCGCUGCUGAGCUCCGUGUCCCUCGCCAACCGGCUCAAGUACACCUCGAGCCAACGGCCGACGUCGUCGUCCUCGCGCCCACUGACCCAAAAAUCCGGAGGCACUCGCAACCAGCAGCCAUACGAGCCGGAGUUCGACAUAGACAUAAGAAUUGACCUUCGCGAUGACUCUGCGUAAGGCUUUGCUUCGUCGGUUAAGUUUAUGGUAGCAUAAUUUAAACAGUUCCCCCCCGCCCAUUUUGCUUCCCCAUCAUCGUUGUAGCCACAUUGUCUCCAUGUGCGCGGUAAAUACAAAAU